GGGGCUGGGGGUGGAGCGGCGCCGGCGGCCGGGCAGGGCCGGGCGGUGGGGGCCGGCGGCACCGGGAGCGGCGAUCAGGCCGCCUCCGCGCCCAUGUGCCCGCAGCCCCCGCCGUCCAUGGAAGUGAUGGAGGGGCCCCUCAACCUGGUUCAUCACUUGCUGCUAGGAAACAGCACCACAACUUUCUUCAGACUGCUGCUUUUGAAUGUUCUGCCAUGAAAAUGGGAGAAAUUCCUUGGUCCUUGCACAAUCAACUAACUGGAACAAGCAUUUGCAAGGUGGAAUAACUAACAAAUUUUUCCUUGUCAAGCUGGCAGGAAAACAUACAAAAUGAGGAAUUUCUUUCCCCGUGACUGGCUGAGAACACCUAGCUUUCUCACAGGAGGCUGCGCUGAAUCACUGGAUUUCCUCUGAUCCUGUUCCUAAUGGGGAAGGCUGGUGCUCUGCAGCAGGAUGAGAUGUCCUGACAUCUAGAUAUUUUGAUGUAACAGCAAGAAAAGUAUUUUGACCUGGCAGUCAAAGAAUCCUCUUUUCUUUUUGCUAGCACCUCUGAUCUGUGUUUUUUUUUUUUUUUUUUUUCAAAUUGUUUACUCAUGGUCUAGCCCAGCUUCUUCAGACUCCCUUGAACUUCACUGGGAGUUAACUGAAAAUGGAAAUAAUUUAAUUGCCACACCAAAUAACAACUCACUGUCCUCAAAUGAUCUGCAUGUGCUUAAGUGAUUUGAAUAUGACCAUUCCCCAAUUGUUUAAAACAUGAAAAUAACCUUUGAAAACAAUCCAUUUUUGUAUGUGGAAACUAACAAAUAGAACCAGUCCCUUGGCGUUUUGACUUGCUUUCUUCAUUCUUUUGUCUCUAGCUGUUUCCUUUUGCCCUUUCUUUUAGACCCACCUGUGCAGUUUGCAGAAGAAGCUGUACCAAUAUCAAUUUAUUGAAAAAAUUGUUUUGCAAGGAGCUACCUUUUUAUGUGCAUGACAUAGCUAAUUUGUAACUGAAUGACCUGCCAUGAGUAACCAAGGAGUUGGCUCUAUAUGAGCUGUUACUCAUUUGUUCUUACCCAGGGGAAAUAAGCUUCUCUUUCUGGCAUAUGUCAUUUGUAGGAGUCCAUAGAAAACAACCAUAAAAUAGAUGAUUUUCCAAUAGAAAAACACUUCGCCUGCUGAGAUUAUUUAACCUCAGCGCAGAAGAAAUAAGGAAUGCUGGCAGUGCUAUGAGGAUUGAAUGAAGAUGAGGAAGAGGAAUAUGACUGAAGUAUUUGUUGUGGAGAAUCAAGGAGGUUUUUGGUGUUUUUUUAAAUAAUCGCCAUAUUAGCAUAGAAAAUCAGUUUUAGAAAAGCUGAAUGUCUAAAUGCAGUGAUAUAGCUGCUAGGGAUUGCUUAAGAACAGUUGUUUCCCAAAAGAGGGUUUUCUGCAGAAGUCAUUCUCUUCUGUGGUGUCAGAGCUGCUAAAAUUCUGGUAGAAAAUUGAACUUACUGUAACAAUUCAGGUGUUAAGUCAAUUUGGAGGACAAAAGUGACAAAGAAAUUGAUCUGCAUUUUGGAACUUUUCUUUUUUAAAAUGGAUAUUAGUACAAGUAUCAUGUUAGACUUGAUAGAAUCACGUCACUGUCUUGUUUGGAUUGUCUUACCUUUGAUGUUUCUACCAAAAUUGCAGGAGCAGAGAAAAGUGUAAUUCCUGUUAGGAACCAGUUGUUCUCACUUUUUGGGAUAGGGACAAAUGUUGUCAUUUUUAUAUUGCUCCUGGAACAUGCUUCAAGGGAGUCAGUGAUUUACAUGCACCAAACGUCUAAAGCCUGAUGUGUUUUAUGCCUUUGUUUGGGUGAAAAGAGGAAAUAGAGAAUUUCUACCGGGCAGAGAUGGAAUUAGAGAGGCGGACUGCAGGCCUUCAGUUCUGUUACCCCUACAAGUUUCCUCAGUAUGGAUUUGGUAAAGGCUGUCUUGAGAGACUACAGUCUUUAAAAAUGUAGAAUCAGACAAACACUUCUGUUUCUUAACUGUCUCGUGUUGUUUCACAGAGCUGGUGCCUGGUACUUAACAUCUAUUUUCUUCAAACUCAGCAUGGAGUGAAGCAGUCGUGCAUCCUGUGCGUUACUGAUGGUUGUGCCAGUUGAGUGCUUGUAGCCAUUCAUAUCACAAAGCUUCUCCUGGAGAAAGGGCCACAAAGUUCCUAUCUUACAGUAACGACAAAAAGAUUUGCUUUCAUGAAUGCUGCAGUGCUCAUUAUGCAAUAUUCUUUCUCACUAAGCAUAUGCAAAUAUUUGCGCCAAUUGCUUGCUUUCAGCAACACUAGUCUACCCUAGUGGUUUGCAUUAGUAGCUUACAAAUGCUGGUAUAGACUUGACUGUUGUACAGCAAGGACGUGACUGAUACCUUCAGCUAUGGCUGUACUGAUUCCAUUAAUAGAUGUAAGCUGCAAACAACCAAGGUCUUUUGUACUUUCUUCGACUGAGAAGCAAAGCUUGCUGAGGAUGGGACAGCAGAAAAUGGCAAACCAGGGAUAAGCUGUAACAUUUCAUUUUCCAGCUCUGUAGUUCAAACAUCUUGCAUUCUGCUGCCUAAAUUGGUCCUAAACACUUUCAGCUUUUUGUAGUUUCUGUGGCCUCUUGGUCUUUUUACACAGCUACAGUGAACGGUUGCCUAUGAAGGAGAGGAUGUACUUUUGGAGGAGAGCUUCAAAAGGCUUUUAUUGUGUACACACUGUCUUUGCUGCAUUAACGAACUUCAGUUCCUACCUGUACAGUACAGACCCUUGUAAGGCAGUAUUAAAAAAAGAAACCAAAUUAUACAUUUCAGAAGGGACUGGGAGAUCUGAGCGUAAAGGCCUGAGAACUGGAAUCAGUAUAAGACUUUUAGAUAUACCAAUUACUUCAAAAACAGAUCUAACUAUUUGUUGGUUAACCCUCAUUGAUGUAACACUCUUUUUAAUUUUAAGGCUCACCAGCAGAGCAGAAAAGCAGACCGCUUGUUGGCAGCAGGGAAAUAUGAAGAAGCAAUUUCUUGUCACAAAAAAAGCUGCUGCAUACCUUACAGAAGCUAUGAAGCUGACCCAGUCAGAGCAGGCUCAGCUAUCACUGGAAUUACAAAGGGAUAGUCACAUGAAACAGUUACUGCUCAUCCAGGAGAGGUGGAAAAGGGCAAAGAGAGAGGAAAAGCUGAAAGCCCAGCAGAACGCUGACAAAGAAGCAGCUGCACACCUUCAGACUUCUUUUAAGCCACUUGCUGAAGAAUCUGAUGAUCAGAAUGUCUUGGUUCCUGUUACUCAGAAAUACAGCCCUUCCACAGAGAAACAUCUACAUGAUAUUCAGGGUGUCUUUGACAGAGACCCGGAUACACUAUUAUUUCUGCUUCAGAAAAAAAAUGAGCCAGUGGAAGCGUGUAUUGGCAGUAAAGCUCCUAAAGACGACAAAACAAUAAUAGAAGAGCAGGCAACCAAAAUUGCAGAUUUGAAACGGCAUGUAGAAUUUCUUGCAGCUGAAAACGAGAGAUUAAGGAGAGAGAAUAAGCAGUUAAAAGCAGAAAGAGCUAGACUCCAAAAAUCUCCAGUAGAGAAGGAGUUGGAUGUAGAUGCUGACUUUGUAGAGAAGUCAGAGUUGUGGAGCCUGCAGCAACACUCGGAAACUACUUCUUCAGCUGCAACUUGGCAAAAGUUUGCAACAACUGCGGGGAAGGCAAAGGACAUUCCAAUACCCAACCUUCCCCCCCUGGACAUCCCAUCCCCUGAACUCCCUCUGCUGGAACUCUCUGAAGAUAUACUGAAAGGACUGAUGAAUAGUUAAAAACCAGGAAAAAAGUGCUCAAUGUAGUUACCUAAACUAAGAAAAGGGAAAACCACCAGGACAAUGAUAACCUGAGGGCAGAAACAUCUAACACAAUCCUACUGUUGGAGAAAAGGCAUUAAGCAACUUUGUUACUGUGAAAUACACAUCAUAUCUGAUCUACUUCAUAAAACUUAAAGGUACCAUAAUCGGUAUAAGAUGGCAAGCUCUUUAGUCUUUCUCCCAAUGUUUCAAACCAAAUGACUGCCUGGAGAAUGUUUCAUGUAACACAAUCCUUCAGGGGUUUAAAGUAUACUAUAUGUAAUAGUUAUCUAUAAUGCCAUAAAUGAUGGUGCAGAACUUAACUGUUAUGGUUGCCAGUUGGCUGGCACUUCAUAUUGAAAAAUGCUUUCUAGCAUGAAUUUAAACUGUGCAUUUCAUUAUGCAUAACUUUGUUAAUUCAGAUACAGUGCAAUUUUUACACCUCCUAGAUGGAUUUAUGUGCCACACUCUAUACUCCUGACUAAGUUAACCUCAAAUCAGGAGAGAUUUAAAUUUCCAUUCUAUGAAGGAACCAACUUAUUAGUUCUGUUGAUGAGUUUUUUUUUUGGUUAUCUGUUUACAUAACUAAUCAGGGUGCAUCAAAUCUAGCUAUUGGUUUCUGUAUAAAGUGACAUUGUUUUAAAAAAAAUCUAUACUUAAGGAAAAAUACCCUUUUUGUUUUCAGUGAUGCAUGAAUGGAAGUAAUUCUAGCUGGCAGUAUUUGAUUGAACAAGAAAUUGUUUACAGCUUAACCUGAUUCAAAAAGGAUAUGAAAAUAAAAUCCAAGGUGUUUUGACACUAA